AUGAACGACAUAAUUGACAUCAGUUAUGGGUUUGGCUAUGAUUCCAAGAGUUAUGAUUAUAAGUUUGUGUCAAUUUUUAGUGAAACAGAUUCUUAUGGUUGUUCUGCUGCUGAUAUAUAUACCUUACGUUCAGAUUCAUGGAAAAAACGUUGUUAUGGCUUUCCUUGUAAACUUUCAAAUGGACAGCCUGGGGUGUUUUUAACUGGAGCCCUCCAUUGGUUUGCAAAAUCGUGUAUGAACGGAAAACGAUUUAUACUUUCUUUCGAUUUGGAAGAAGAAACAUCCAAAGAAUUACUACUGCCUGCUGAACAUCUGGAUCAUUUCGAUUAUGAAUUUCUUGACGUGUUGAGAGGUUUCCUUUGCUUACUUUGUAGUGUUUCUAAUGUUAAAUUUGAGAUAUGGGAGAUGAAAGAUUAUGGAGUAAGAGAGAGUUGGUCUAAACUUUUCAAAAUUGACCAGCAACAACUUAUGACAAUGAGUAUUGGUAUUCAAUCCUGUCAUUACAUAAAGAGAGCUGUAUCAUUAAGAAAUGGUGAAAUCCUAUUAGAGAUAAUGGCCAAGGGUCAAUCAUAUGGGAAAUGGAGGGUUGAUAUUGUGCGAAUCCACUUGGAAGAAAAGAAAGGGUGUGAAUACAUGAAGAAUAUCGAUCAGAUGGAGCCUUAUGUGGAAAGUUUUGUUUCACUUAACUCAGGUACAUUUGUUGGGAAUGAGGAGAAGGAUUACGGCAUCACAGUCAGAGACAUUUGGGGUUGA